AGGCACAUUCAUUUUAGCCACAGAUUGUGCUCCGUCCAUGUUAUAAAUUGCCUUAGCUAAGCUUCUUUUGCACAUCAUCUCUUCAAUUAGGUCUGCUCUUUCUCUAAAGCAAUGAUCACUACUGCUACUUUAUACAGUACAGGUUUUCUUGUACUAAUACUCUUCUAUUGUGUGGUUGGCUGCUCUACAGCAGAGGAUCCAACUCAAGGCUUCGCAGAACUUCCCUUUAACUCAUCUUAUUACUAUAUACAGAAGCCUUAUGAUUUAGAUGUAAGCAAACGAUAUAGCUUUGUGAAUGGAACCCACCAGCUAUGGGUCUACUCCACUGACAAGCCUUUGGCCAGAAGUAGUCCCACCAGGCCUCGAACAGAAGUCAUAAUCAACGGAUAUAAUUACACUUCUGGUGUUUGGCAAUUCGAAGGAAAUGCAUACGUACCAUCUGGUACAUCUGGUGUGUGUAUAAUGCAAGUGUUUGGAGCUGAUCCAAAUGCCACCAUUACGACAACCUUAAUGCUUAGAGUCUACUCUGGCAAUUUAACCUACUACACUGAUCCAGUGAUUGUCCCACAAAUCUACGACAGAUGGUUCAGAGUUAAUGUGAUUCAUGAUAUGGAUGCCUCCAAUGUUAAGGUUUAUGUUGAUGGGUUUCUGUCAUAUCAGGGAUCUGGGCGUGGAGGAGCUUUCCAUUUCUUCAAAUUUGGAGUCUAUGCACAGAAAAAUGAUUCUGAUUACAUGGAGUCUCGUUGGAAAGAAAUCAAGAUUUUUAAGAAAAUUGUUCAUGCUUCUCACAAGAAGCAUCACUGCAAAAAGAAUUUGGAAUUCAAUUAAAAAUUUGGGUUUCAAAUGCGAAUUCCAAUAAAUUAGAAUAGGCACAACAAUAAGUUGAGAAAAGCGUAUUAUAUAGCUCAUUCGAGGAUAUAUGUGUGUAAGGACGACGGACUUAUUUGAAUGAAAUUUUUAUUAAUAAGGACUAAAUAAAAACUUUGCAAUUCACUCA